GGUUUCCCCGGGACGUAGGAGACAGCCGUGUCUGCUCCUGUCAUGCGUCCGGCUGCGCGGAGGGUGACCAGGGUGCCGGCCGUGGCCAGCCCGGAGUCGUCCUGCUGAGCUCUGAGGAGUAGCCGCUCAGGAGCGGCUGAUACCCAGGUCCACCAUGAACUGGGGCAUCUUUGAGGGGCUCCUGAGCGGGGUCAACAAGUACUCCACGGCCUUCGGGCGCAUCUGGCUGUCUCUGGUCUUCAUCUUCCGCGUGCUGGUGUAUCUGGUGACAGCAGAGCGCGUGUGGAGCGACGACCACAAGGACUUCUACUGUGACACCCGCCAACCCGGCUGCAACAAUGUCUGCUUCGACGAGUUCUUCCCCGUGUCCCACGUGCGCCUCUGGGCGCUGCAGCUCAUCCUGGUCACCUGCCCCUCGCUGCUGGUGGUCAUGCACGUGGCCUACCGCGAGGCCCGGGAGAAGAAGCACCGGGAGAUGGUCGGGGAUGAGGGUGGGCGCCUCUACCCGAACCCCGGCAAGAAGCGGGGCGGGCUCUGGUGGACCUACGUCUGCAGCCUGGUGUUCAAGGCCGGCGUGGACACAGCCUUCCUCUACGUGUUCUACUUGCUCUACCCCCACUACACCCUCCCCCGUGUGGUCAAGUGCCAGGCCGCCCCCUGCACCAACACGGUGGACUGCUUCAUCUCCAAGACCUCGGAGAAGAACAUCUUCACCCUCUUCAUGGUCAUCGCGGCCGCUGUCUGCAUCCUGCUCAACUUGGUGGAGCUGGCCUACCUGGUGAGCAAGAAGUGCCGGGAGUGCGUCGCCUCAAGGAAGGCCCAGGCCCCGGGCAAACAGGCUGACCUCCUCUCGGGGGACCUCAUCUUUCUGGGCUCCGACACCCAUCCUCCCCUCUUACCCAGCCACCCUCAAGACUACCUGAAGAAGACCAUGGUGUGAGGGCUCAGGCCCCUCUGGGAAGGUCCCGACGCCUCUCCUAGUGCAUCCUGGGAGUGGCAGAGGCCAGUGGGGGAGGUGGCACCAGGGAGAGUUGGGCAGGCUGAGGUCAAAGCCAAUUCCUCAGGGCCAGUGCGAUAGGACAGUGGGUAGCGCACCUGCUUUGCGCACGGCCCACCUGGGUUCAUCCCCCAAGCCACAUAUGGUGCCCCAAGCAGUGCCAGGAGUGAGUUCUGAGUGCAGAGCCAGGAGUAACCCCUGAGUAUCGCCCAGAGUGGCCUAAAUAAAUAAAUAAAUACAACCCAAUUGUAUUUAUUACUCAGUUCCAGUGUGGCCUGGGCAAGAAAGCCCCUUUGCCCUGCUCCCCAGCUGACUUGUAUGACACGGUGACACAGAGACCCUCUCCCUCGGGUGACUGCGGC